AUGAGCCAGAGUGCUCCGCACGUUACCGCAACAUCGAAUUCCUCACGGUCGUUUUUGUCUAAAUCCAACUGCUGCUCCUUCAAAGGUUUAAGUGGGUAUUUACGGGAGAGCAUGAAGGCCCAAUUGGAUGAUGUGCGCUCUACAGUUUUCUGGAAGGCUUUCCUGGCCGAAGUCAUUGGAACUUUCUUUCUGGUCUUCCUUAUUAUCGGGUCGCUAAUGCAUAAUCCAAACAAAGAAGGUGGGCCCUCACAUCUACAUGUUGCUCUACUGGCAGGCUUCUUUAUUGCUACCAUCAUCAUGACAUUUCUACACGUUAGCGGUGGACAUGUGAACCCAGCUAUCAGCAUCGGUUUUCUGGUGACCAGGCAUAUCAGCUUAAUUCGCUUCCUCAGUUACAUUGCUGCCCAACUCCUUGGCGCCAUUGCAGGUGCUUAUAUGCUUAAAGUCCUCUGCCCUACCACCAUGCAUGCUAAAUUGCACACUAUCAAACCAGACACGGACAUGAGUGACCUGCAGGCCGUCAUUAUGGAAUUCAUUGUCACCUUUUUCUUGCUUUUCGCCGCCUUCUCCAUGAUUGACCAUGGUAGGAAAGACGUUUCAGGUUCAAUCCCGCUGGGCAUUGGUAUCAUCGUCGUCGUCAACAUUCUGGCCUGCCACAGUCGUAUACAUACUUCUUUCUUUCUUUCUUUCUUUCUUUCUUUCUUUCUUUCUUUCUUUCUUUCUUUCUUUCUUUUGUUCCUUUGUUUCAUUCUGUCUUUAUUGUUUAGUUUCUUUCUUUUGUUUGAUUUUUCUUUCUUUUAUUUGUUUGUUUCUUCCUUUCUUUUACUUUAUUUUUAUUUUAUUUUCUUUUUCUUUUCUUUCUUUUUCCGUUUUUGGUCUUUCUUUUCUUUUUUCCUUUCUUUUGUUCCUUCAUUUAUUUUUUUGUUCCUUUCUUUCUUUUUCCUUUCUUUCUUUUUCCUUUUUCUUUUUCUUUCUUUUUCCUUUCUUUGUUCUUUCUUUUCCUUUUCUUUCUUCCUUUCUUUUGUUCCUUCGUCUGCUUUUUCUCCCUUUCUAUUUCCUUUCAUUCUUUUUCUUUCUUUUUCCUUAUUUUUUUUUCCGGUUUUCGUUCUUUCUUUUCUCCUUUCUUUCUUUCUUUCUUUCUUUCUUUCUUUAUUUAUUUAUUUAUUUAUCUGUUUAUUUAUUCCUUUCUUUUCUUUCUUUUUCUGUACUUUCUUUCUUUCUUUCUUUCUUUCUUUCUUUCUUUCUUUCUUUCUUUCACACUUUCGUUUCUAUCCAAGCUAUAUAAUCCAUAUCUAUCUAUCUAUCUAUCUAUCUAUCUAUCUAUCUAUCUAUCUAUCUAUCUAUCUAUCUAUCUAUCUCAUUUGUUCAUUAUCUAUCUCAGUCUGCUCAUAUCUAUCUAUCUCAGUCUGUUCAUUAUCUAUCUAUCUAUCUAUCUAUCUAUCUAUCUAUCUAUCUAUCUCAGUUUGCUCAUUUCUAUCUAUCUAUCUAUCUAUCUAUCUAUCUCAGUCUGUUCAUUAUUUAUCUCAGUCUGCUCAUAUCUAUCUCACUCUGUUCAUUAUCUAUCUAUCUAUCUAUCUAUCUAUCUAUCUAUCUCAGUCUUCUCAUAUCUAUCGAUCUAUCUGCGAAAUACGCCGUAUUUAUCUCUCUGUCUUUCUGUCUCGUCUUUCAUAUUUAGCCAUUAAUUCCCCACCUCUCUCUCAUUCUCUCUCUCUCUCUCUCUUUCUCUCUCUUUCACUCUCUCAACUUUACAUUUUUGCUAUCAAUUCAUCUAUCUCACACUAUCUAUCUAUCUAUAUCUUGCGCACACUCAAUAUUCAUUCCGCUACACACUUAUCUCAGUCAAGUUCAUUAUCUAUCUAUCUAUCUAUCUAUCUAUCUAUCUAUCUAUCUAUCUAUCUAUCUACCAUAAACUCUUCCUAUCUAUCUAUCUAUCUAUCUAUCUAUCUAUCUAUCUAUCUAUCUAUCUACCAUGAGCUCUUCCUAUCUAUCUAUCUAUCUAUCUAUCUAUCUAUCUAUCUAUCUAUCUAUCUAUCAAGGAAUGCUGAACAGUUCCCAGGCUGA